ACAGCUGGCUUGUGGGACAUUAUGUGUCUGAUAUUGUAGAUAUAGGAUAUAUAUAGACCAGAGUUUCUAUACCGUGUAGCUAGGUUAAUGUGAACAUUUGGACUGUUCACCUGAAGGGAAGACGUUCACCGAUACUUCAAUAGUAUUUGUAACGACUGAUCAACGACGUAUCAAGUGUUUUAAGAGGAGCUGAAAAUGAAUUGCCUCUUAGUGGUGUUAAUGUGUGGGACUGUUUUGGUGUACGGCCAGACUGACGGACAAGGAUACGGAAGAUCUAAAAGGUCCGGAGGUCACGAGUCAGGAGGCCACGGGUCAGGAGGCCACGGGUCAGGAGGAAAACGGCCAGGAGAAAAAGAAUCCAAAUGUCAAAACAAAAGUUAUGAUGAAAUUUGGUCUUCAAAGAAAUAUAAGUACUGCAGCUACGACAGUGUCCUCUCUAAUAUGUUUUAUACAAAAACGGACAUCUUGGACAAAACAUUUAAGCGGCAAGAAGCCAAAAUCAAACAAUCGAAAAAAUGGACUACAACAAAUGACCCAAAUGACCUACCCGAACGCCAAUUACAGGACUACCUCAGGCGUAAACUCCACCAUCAACGAUCCGCCGCCGCUAGCUACUGUUGUGAAACAACCUGGUCGUGCGUCUCCCCCGAAAUUGUAGAAUACAACGGCAGAGACUACGAUGUUUACCAGCCCGACGCGGGGUACCAGCUCGUCUUCCAGGGACAAUGUGGUGCCGGAGCGACCUGCCAGCACGGUCAAUGUACAGAGGAGGACAAUUACUACACCUGGAUCAUCAUCACCGUGGAUGAUGCAAACUACGAUCCACCUAUCCUGUUUGUCCCCGUCACGUUCAACAACUUCUGCUACUGCGCUACAAUAUAAUUUCUACUGCUGUUGUACAGUUGAGCUCUGCUCAAAGCUAAAGAUAAUUUUUCAUGAUUUUAUGAAGUUAUCAACAAGCUGCUAUGUGUAGUCUACACAGUGAACGAAGGUCCGAACUAACCAAAUCCGUCUCCAGGACACCUUUUUUUCAAACCAAAAAUCUAUAUAGGCUUAUAACCCCAAAAGAAAAAGUAUUUAGCUAGUCGAUGAAGAUUAUUCCCCAAGAACAGAACAUAGGCUUCACGGUAGAUAAUUGAGACAAGGUGCUAAAUCAAAUACAAUUGGCGGUAGAAGCCAUAUCGUGGCUGCUUUUAGCAAUGAUAAACCGUGUAUUAUUGGACUAUAAAAAAUAGCACAAAAUAUUAACCAAGGGAUUUAAAACGCAUCAUGUUUACAGUUCAUAGUUUAUUAUCCCUUUCCCACCCUUCAUCCUUCCCAGCGUUUUUGUAUGCUGCAAUCACCACUGUAAAAAUAAAGUUUUAGGAGUGGGAACCCUUUAAAGAUUAAAGGGAAGUUCUAUAUAUUUUUUGGUGGCAUAAAGUAGAAUACAAGUAAACUGACAUGACAGUUCUAAUUUAUAAGUUCUAGAUAAGGGCAAAAUCGGUCUUUUUCCGAGUUUAACAUUUUGGGCAACACCCAAAUUAAUUGCUGUGUCCCCCCCUGAUUAACGUAACACUUUAAAGAUGCACUUUGCCCUUCUCAGUGAAUAUUUUAGAGGGGGUGGGAGCUUAUGAAAAUGCUAAAGGGGGCAGGGGAGAUUUACAGGGGCUCGUGACAGGCCACAUACUAGUAAAACAAUCCCUUAGUAUGCUCCUUUUCCCAAGGUCUGCCAUGUUAGAUGGAUAGAAGCCAUAUUUAUUAGUUUUCAGUUUUGCUACCUAGGUCCUUCAAUCCUUCUUAAACCAUUUUUAGGUAACUGUUCAAUUCAUCUGCAACAUAGUGGAUAUGUUUUUAUUCUUGUAUAUUUUCAUAAUAAACAAGAGGCCUAUUGGGCUUGUUUCACCGACUUGUUUGUUUAGUUAUCUAAACCCAACAAAUAAAAUAAUACUUGAUAAAGACGAAGCUUAAGACAGGAAUAUUUGUACGACACUGCCUUAAAAUAUGUGUGGUCAAUUGAUACCAAAAAAACAACAUUUCUCAACUUAUCGGAAGACAGGAUGGCUAUUUUGGAUUUCAAAUUCCAAAUCAUGAGCAAGCAUUAUCUAGAUAAAGUUAUAACUUGUGGAAGUUAAAAACAUGUUGAAAUUGACUCUUGAAAUUGAAAUUGAAUUUAGGCAAUAUCACCAAUACCAUAUACUGCAGUUGUUAUGACAGUUAUACCAUCAUAUACUGAAGUUAUACCAUAAUAUACCGCAGUUGUAAGCGAGAGGUAUACCAUCAUAAACCGCAGUUAUAGGCGAGUUGUACAAUCAUUAACUGCAACUAUAGGUGACAGUUAUACCAUUAUAAACUGCAGUUGUAGGUGACAGUUAUAC